AUGAUGGGCACCUCCGACCACCACGUCAAGCUGAGCAUGGGGAGGGAGGCUGCCGCCCCGCGCACUAUCUGGCUGUGGGAGCGAGCUGACUGGGAAGCCCUGAGAAACAACAUCACAAACACAGACUGGGACGCCCUGCUGAGAGGCAAUGCGGAGGAAAAGGCCCGUGCCCUCACCACCAAGCUCCUUGCUCUCCAGCAGCAGCACGUCCCUAGCAGGAUGUACCUUGUCAGGCCUGGUGACCGAUGCCGGACUGCCGCUGAGGCCAAGCACGCAGCCUGGGAGAGGCUCGUCAAGGAGCAGCAAGGGAUGGGCCACCGCAACGCCAUACCUCCUCUAACCAGGCCAGACGGCACAACAGCCAUCAGCAGUGAGGACAAGGCUUCUCUGCUUGCUGAGUUCUUCGCCGGAAAAAUGACAGUCGCUGAUAUGGGUAGACGUCCACCUCACCUCCCCCAGGAAACCGACUGCGCUGUCACUGAUGUCCACGUGACGCCUGGAAAAGUUGAGCAGCUGUUGAGGGAGUGUGUUCGAGUCCUGCCUGAGGGAAAACAGGUGGCCCUCUAUAUGGAAGGAGGCGAGGGUGGUGCAGUGCACAAAAAGAACUCGAAGUCUGAGCCCAACAACUACAGACCCAUCUCGCUGUUCUCCGUGGUGGGCAAGUUGCUGGAGCAGGUGGUGGCAGGUGUCAUAUGUCAGCACCUGAGUGAACACCGCCUCCUUUCAGACAGGCAGUUUGGCUUCCGGCCUGGCCGCUCAACAGCGGACCUCCUCACCCUCCUCUCCCAAGGCUGGCAGGAUGCCCUGGAUAAAGGCCUGGAUAUCCUUUUGCUGGCCCUGGACAUUGCUGCGGCCUUUGAUAGGGUCUGGCAAGCGGGGCUUGUGCAAAAGCUGCGCGCCAAGGGUAUCCAGGACAACCUCCUUGCUCUACUCGAAGACUACCUGCAAGGGAGAGCUUUCAUGGAUUUCUCCCGCUCCUACUGCCGCUCUGACAGUCAGCGAGCUUUCAGAGAGAUUAACAGGCAGCUCAGGAAGGUUACGAAGUGGGGAGAGACGUGGCAAGUAGGCUUCGCUCCAGAGAAGACGCAGGCCAUGGUCAUCUCACGAUCCCCAGCUGCCCCCCCGGCCGUCUCAGGACAUCUGUGCCUUGGAGGACAGAUACUUCCCCUCCAGGAAUCCAUCAAGGUGCUGGGAGUGACAGUGGACUGUGGCCUACGCUUCGACCGCCAUGUUGCUGCUGUGGCCCACCAGGCGUCCCUGCGUGUCUCUGCCCUGCGUCGGAUGGCGGGAAGCCUUGACUCCCGGGCAGCAGCAGCAGCAAAGCAGGAGGAGCAGACGGGAGUCACGUCGCUGGAGCAUCAGCGGGACGUGUCGGUUCUGGUGGUUCAACACAAGGCCCGAGUGUUGGAGGUACUUCACCUCAGCUCACUGAGGAUCCCAACACGAGCUGUCCAGAGGGAGUCCAGGGAAACCACCUCCAGUGACAUGCUGGUGUACGUGCCUCAAUCACACUCGCGGCAGCACCAGCAAUCUUACACAGCCACAACAGCCAGACUGUGGAAUGCGUUCACUGCAGCCACAAGUGACACACAAACAAUGACGCUACAUCAAGUGAAAGUAGCUGCUCACAGGUGUCGAAAAACACAAACUCCCACACUAGUGCUGUGUUAA